UGAAAAGUCUACGUGGGAAAGAAAGGUUGGUGUGACCGUGUUUGAAUACCAGCAGCACCUAUGUCCAAUCCAGGUUAACUCCUUCCUCCUCCCCGUCGAACCAGUCCUCCUCUCCGCCCCUUGGUAGGCAAAUGGACGCGUAGAGAGCCGUAAGCCGGGGAGUAUAAAUGGGACCGAGAGCCGCUGACCGCCUGUAAUGCUGCGCCGGGUGCGGCAGUCUUCUCUCCGGCAGGUGCUGUUUCUGAUGGCCCGGAGACCAGGGCUGCUCUGCGGGUCUGUGCUGCUCGGAGUGCUGCUCGUACUGGCCGUCAAGUUCACAUGCAGCCGUGCUAAGAAUGUGGUGGCAGCAGCUCGGCCUCCGGUGCGGUUCUUCUCUGCCGAGGCCCCGAUAGUGGAUCUGUACUUGGGUCAGCUAGACCAGGUGGAGCGUCUCCGCAGCGUGGCGGAGGUUUCUCUGAUCUUCUUCUAUGCACCGUGGUGUGCUCACUCCAUGGCUGCCAGGCAGGAAGUGCAGCAGGUGGCUAAGAAGCUCGCUAAACAGGUGCAGUUUCUAGCUGUUAACUGUUGGUGGAAUCAUGGGAAAUGUAGGAAGCAAAAUCGCUUCUAUCAGUACCCGAUCAUCCACCUGUUUUAUAGAAGGUUUGGGCCUAUAGAGUACAAGGGUCCGUAUGUAGCUCCAUAUGUGGAGAGUUUUAUCCUCCGAGUCAUCACACCGCUCACUUACCUCCCGUCGAGAGACGCACUCAAAGAGUUUCUCUCCUAUCACGAGCCUCGAGUGGUGGGCUUCUUCCAGUUUAACUCCUCUCCUCAGCCCCCGGGGUACAUCACGUAUCUGUCCUCUGCCCUGCAGGCCCUGAAAAGGGAUUUCCGUGGUGUUGUACGUUUCGGCGUUGUGACCAACAAGCAGGUGGCCGAGGCCAUCUCUCUUAAAGAAGAUGAAUCAGUUUAUCUCAACAGAAGAUUUAACUCCUCAUUGAUUUUCCCUCGAAGGGAACGCAACUUCACGUCAGAGGCCAUAUGUAGCUGGGUGUUUGAACACCGCGAGACCGUCCUCCAAUGGCUGCAGCCUCCAGGAACUAAGUCCCGCCUCCUAGAGCACGAGCUGAGUAAAGGUCCGGCUCUGCUGCUGUUCAUGCCGCACAACCCACUCGGGACCAAACCCAGUCCAAUGCUGCAGCAGAUUGCAGACAUUGCUGUGCGUUAUCAUUCCUGUGACAACGCUAACCACUCCAGCUCAGAGGAAACCUUCCCCCCCCACUCUUGCUGCCAGUCAGUCCCUCUCCCAGAGUUCAGUGCGAGUGUGUGUGAGGUUUGCCUCCGUCUGUCACCAUCCAGCCUGAGCAGCUCCUCUGUGCGCUGCUCCUUCUCCUCCACCACUCAGGGAGGAGAAGUGUUCCAGUCUCAUCUCCAUCACUGCUGCCUCCACCGACUGCCUGCUGCGUCUCUGAACACCUCCGAGGGCUGCAGCCACUUCCUGAGCAGCUACAGCCCGUUCAGCCAAUACAGUGCCUGCUGCAGAGAAGUAGAACCUCAGCUCAACCAAUCACAAGCCAAAGAGGAGCAAGCAGCUCCCCUCCCACCUCCGUCUUCCCCCCUUGCUCCGUCCUCUCAGGAGGGGGGAGGCAUCACAGGGCUGCGCUGUCACACCAACAGGACGCUCCGGUUCUACCUGCUGGACGUGGCUCUGAACUGGCCCCUGGCGGAGAGGCUGGGGGCCACGGGGAACAGAAGUGUUUCUCCUCACCAGGGGGCCGGGGCACAAGGAGACGGGUCGUUUGCAACCAUUGUGCACCUGAAGGACGAGGUUCAUUACGUUCUGCACCGCAGCCCAGCAGCCACGCUGACGGAGUCUCUGGAGGCCUUCAUCAGGAACUUCAGCGCUCCACACAGCUUCCUGCAGAGACAUCUGGUGGGAGAAGAGGACAGGAAAGUUGGGGAGGGGGAGACUCAGCAUGCAGACACACAGCAGCCCCCCCCUCGCCGCCUCAUCACUGAGCUGACCACCUCCUCCUUCCUGCCCGCAGUCAUGGACGUGGAAAAGGAUGUGCUGCUGUUCUACUACACUCAGUGGUGUGGAUUUUGCUCCGUUCUCAACCACGUCAUCAUCCAGCUGGCCCGGCUGUUACAGGGAAACGGCUCCAUCACCGUGGCCAGGGUGAAUGUUGCACGUAAUGAUCUUCCAUGGGAGUUCAUGGUGGAUCACAUCCCCUCCAUUCUUCUCUUUCCUAAGUACAGUAAACCUAAUACUGUGAAGUAUCCCGACGACCUGCCCAUCACGUUACCCAACAUCCUUCACUUCCUGCUGCAGCACUCUGGCUCUGUGCAGUCUGCAGACAAACCGGGGUCAGCGUCCGGCGCUGCAGAGGGAGCAGAACAGAGCUCCGUCCUCAGAUCAGAGUUUCUCUCUCUGCAGCGAGAGGUCCAGGCGCUGCGGCACGCCCGCCAACGCCUCUCCCAGCAGCUGGCGCAGCUGUGGCGAGACAACCGGCGGCUGACGUUUGACGCCAUUACCCUCGAAGCCCAGAACUCAGAUCUGCAGAGCGAGAGGCGGAGCUUGGAGGAUCAGCACCGGGAGACGAGCCGGCAGCUGGGGGAGGCGGUGAGGAGGCUAGAAGAGCUGGUGGACGCGUCUGAAAACCUGCUGAACGAAAACACGCUGCUCAGAGUCCUGCUGAGGGCGCUGAAGGACAGCACGGAGACCGAAGAGCAGCAGGAGGAGGAGGUGAGGGACGAAGGAGAACAGAGGAGAAGCCACAUGGCAUCCUGACCGUAACGCUGCAGGGAAGAGACGCAGAGGAGAGAGGGCCAGGAGACGUGUGACCAGACCUCAGGUUAUGAGCAGAAUGAAGCCCUCAGGAGGAAGUCGUGUGAAACCCAAGGGGCAUCGUGACGUGGUUCUGUGUCACAGAUAAGAGAACAUGAGGAGGACAGCGAUGGUCUGUCAGAAGAGAAAGUGUGCUGCUGAGUCAGGACAGAAGUAAGGACACACUGGACUCCACAUGUGUUUCGUUAUGGAUGAGGACAGUACUUUUAGAAAUUGGUCCAGCAUUGAGUCAGUGUGCAGCAACCGGCAGCUGCAGAACAAUUUAGUAACGUGGGAGUUAUGCACCGUCAAUGUACUUCUACUUAACACUUGUUUUAUAACCUGCAGGCUCAGCUUUGUAUUCAAAGGGUCUGUUAACCUGUUGAGAAGGGUCAACAGAGAAAUAAAACAGUUUUCUAUCACUUUCUCUUGACCCCCCCCCCCCCAUCCUGUUUGUUAUUGUGAAGAAGUUGAAUCGUUGGUUAAGAAAGGACUAACUGUGUUGGAGAACAGAGCGCUCUGCUGUGUUAUCUCAAAGAUGUUCAUGGAUCAACGUUAAGGCUAAUGUUGACAAUGUGGAAGAGGCCUAGCCCUCUGGUAAGAUUUCAGAACAUGACGCAAUAACAAACAGACCAAGUCCAGGGUGAAGAAAACACUUUCCAUGUUGUCAGACACUUGUAAUGAAAAUCAGAACCUAUCAGCAGCAAAAACAAACGCUUAGUGGACGUGCAUUUCCCGGCUGCAGCACUCUAACUUAAUACUGGACCGGUUGUUGUUUAAUUUUUCACUUUAAUUUGACACCACAAUAUGGGGAAAUGGGGUCUAGGUUGAAAAGUAUAACGGAAACUAAAGGUGGGCGAGUAGCGAUGCUAGAGAAAGCUCCAAGUUGCUGUAACGAUGGUGGUCUUAUAUCCACUCGUAGGAUCAAUCUAAUAUGGGAACUCAGUGCCAACUGCUUGCAAAUAUGUAUUAUAUAUAUAUAUUUAUAUAUAUUUCUGUUGAAGGGUGGAGAUGUAAUCUGAGUUAAAUAUACACAGACCAGCAGCCAAAUUCUACAAACUCCCUGAUUUACUUUGCAUUUAAAACAAUUACUAAAACAAUGGCCACGUCUCAGAAAAAGAGCAGGGCUGGCAAUAACAAGUUAAAUCUGAUAUAUAUAUAUAUAUAAAUAUCAAUCUAUACAGCUUACAUUAAUUAAUUCAGUAUAAUGACAUUUCCCACAGGACUGAUUCCAUCAGUAGAACAACAGUCAUGAUAUAAUCAACUCUCUGUUUCUCUAAUGUAACACAAAGUCUUCUUUGCGUUACUCGAGAUGAAUGUGACACUAAAGACUCGACACUUCAGAAGCCUACAUAUAAAAGACAGUAAUGCAUAGGAAGCUUCAUGCAUUGUAGUUCGACAUGGUUCAGGGGGAAAUGCAACGUAACCCCUGAAAUGACUAAUCAAUAAUGUGGAAAAUUAUAUUAUACAAAAAACUAUCACUACAAACGGUUAACAUGUAGAAGAUUAAGUAGGGAAUAUUACGGAGGUCAAUUUAAAUGCCAUUAACUUGCUAGCUGCUACACACAGAGACAAUACCUUUUCCUUCAGUUCUUCUACUCACUACUUUCUGGUUGUUGUGUAUAGUCUGGCUGCAGGGACAGAGGGCUGUUAAUGAAGCUGAUAAUGAUUUAAUACUGAAGAUGUGGCGCCUGCUAACCCAUCUGUUGGUUAGCCUUAGAGCACUUGAAAUGAUUUGCAAAGACGUUCUUUUUUUUAUUUGAAGGCGAUAUCGUUGUUUUGUUAAACUGAUCUAUUUUUACAGGAAUCCUUGUGUCAAUAAAACAUAUAAUUUCUUUGUAACUAUUCAGGUAUUAAGAAUGAGAUGCUGCAAUUGUUUACAUGUGAAAUAUUGCACCUGUUUUUACUGAUUAAAAAAUAAUCAUCUUUCAUCUAAAA